CUCGCAUACGUUUUGUACAUCCAUUCAUUAAGUGACAAGAUGGCGAUUGAGACGAAUAAACUUUUGCUGUCCACACAGCAGGAAAAACCUAAUCAUUAUACAUAUUUAAAGGAAUUUCGCGUAGAACAAUGUCAAUCGUUUCUACAGCACAAAUGCAAUCAGCACCGUCCGUUUGUAUGCUUCAAUUGGCAUUUUCAAAAUCAAAGACGCCGCAGACCGAUACGAAAGCGGGAUGGUACAUUUAAUUAUAGUGCUGAUAAUUAUUGUACAAAAUAUGAUGAAACCACAGGAAUAUGUCCAGAUGGAGACGAUUGCCCAUUUUUGCAUCGUACCGCUGGCGAUACUGAAAGGCGUUAUCAUUUGCGCUAUUACAAGACAUGCAUGUGUGUACAUGAUACCGAUAGUCGUGGUUAUUGUGUUAAAAAUGGGCAUCAUUGCGCCUUUGCUCAUGGUGCCCAAGAUCAAAGGCCAGCCGUUUAUGAUAUUAAGGAAUUAGAAGCAUUACAAAAUGCUGAACUAACACUAGAUGGAGCUAAUGCACAGAAUGCAUUAGACAAAGAAAGAAAUCUAAUGAAUGAGGAUCCCAAAUGGCAGGAUACUAACUAUGUAUUGGCCAAUUAUAAGACGGAACCUUGCAAAAGGCCACCCAGAUUGUGUAGACAAGGCUAUGCUUGUCCACAAUACCAUAAUAGUAAAGAUAAGAGACGUAGUCCACGUAAAGUUAAAUACAGGUCAACACCUUGUCCCAAUGUGAAACACGGCGAAGAAUGGGGUGAACCUAGCAAUUGUGAAGCUGGCGAUAAUUGUCAAUAUUGUCACACUCGUACGGAACAACAAUUUCAUCCGGAAAUCUACAAGUCUACCAAAUGCAAUGACGUUCAACAGGCUGGUUACUGUCCUCGUAGUGUAUUUUGUGCAUUUGCUCAUGUUGAACCCUAUAUUGUCACUGAGGAGAAGCCCCGUGAUUUAGAUGCGAUUACAACAAAUUUAGCUCUAAGUGAUUUAAUAUCAAAUGCUUUGCCAGAUAUCAAAACUAAGGAUGCUACCAACAACAAAACAGGACUAAUGACAAUUGGCGAAAAUUUAUUGAAUAUUGAUGGUAAUGAUUCCACCAAUAAUAUGUUGGUUAAUGCAUUGGAGAAAUCCGCUGCUAAUCAGAGCAAAUAUUUAAACUACUCUUUGCCAAUGGACAGAAUUUCCUGUUCCAUAGAUGAGCAACGUGAUAAUGCCUUGUCGGCCAGUUUAGCUAAUAGCAGUUUAAUAACACGUUCCUCAGCACCCAUAAACAUUCCGAAUUCGGCUCUUAAUAAUUCUAUAGGUGAUUUUAAUUCCGGUGGUUUUGCUGUCAACAUUCCCUACAGUCCUACCAAUCACUCCAAUCUUUUUAAUGUUGAUGCUUUCAAUUAUGGCGGUUCCAAUUCAAAUAAACUUAGCAAUUCUCUUACGGCUGCUACACAAAACGAUUGCAGUAAUAAUUUCUUUUUUCCUUCUCAUAUCAUAUCGCCGGGUUUUAAUGAUGGUCUCUCGAUUAGUCCUUCGGUACGUUUGUCUGAAUUGAAUAAUUUAACAGAUGACUUAAAUAGUGGUUCGGUGGGCAAUAGUUUAACCACAAAUAAAAAUGCAUUUUCUUUGCAAUCAUUGCAUACGCAAAAUAAUGGCGAUGUUAGUCGUAUGACUAUGGAAAUGAUGACUAUUAAAGCUCAAUUAUUGAAAUUGACUAGAAGUAUGGAGGAUAUUACAAGGAAGUUCAACUCUGCUAAACAGGAGGCAUUAGAAUGGAAAGAUCGUUAUGAAGCGGCACAAAUACAAAUGAAUUUAUCAUCAGAACUUAGGAAUUUAUCAAUACAAAAACUAAAACAACUACAGUCAAAGUUACGCACAGAUUUGGAAGAUGUUGAAAAAGUUUUAUAUUUGGAAAAUGCCAAGAAAUGCAUGAAAUGUGAAGAAAAUAAUCGUACUGUAACACUAGAACCCUGUAAUCAUUUCAUUUUAUGCGAUUCCUGUGCUACAUCGGUAACAGAAUGUCCCUAUUGUCAAAUGCCAGUAGCAACAACACACACUUAAAAAAAACUACUAAAAAGGAUAUAAAAGCUUGUUUCAGCAGAAUCUAUAAAAGGAAUAAAGUUAAAAGCAGUAAAAUAGAGAAAAAAGGUAGGAAUUUCUUUAAUUUUUCUUUCUCUCGAUUUAAGUAAGAAAAAUUGUAUUUGAUUUAUAACGGCGUAUUUCUUUAAAUUAGAGUAAACAAUAAA